AUGAGUAACCAAGCCUCGGCAGCCAAUCAUCAAGUGGUGCGUGAUAUUGAGCUAAGGAACGUCCUGCUGCGACGGCUGGCCCGCGUUUUGCUCGUUGACGGGCAAUUUCUGCAUGUCUGGGAAGCUUUCAACGAAGCACAAAUAGCCCUGCUGGAGGUUGCUGAAGGACUUUCGGGAGUGAACUGUUCGCCGGAAAACGCAAUCCGUCGCAACGUUUUUGACUUGGAGCUAAAAGUUGCAGCGCUCAAGCAUAGCAAAGUGUGCUGUGAAAGGAACAUUGCCACUCUCUCGGAUUUGCCAAGGCAUCUGCUGAAGUGUACCAUUGAAAAGCGGCUGAAGGAGGCAAUAAAGCACCUGGCUAACUCUCACAGGACGUUUCGACGGCGAACUGAAAGGACAAUCCGAUCAUUACCAGAUAUUUGGCAAAUUGCUGAGUUGGAGCAGCGUUUGCUGCGUAGCGAUUUCUUGCACGACGUCGUCUGUAAGAAUCAUCUGAACGAGCUGCAUUCACUGCAAGAGGAUACGAUUGCGCUGAGCACUGCGCUGCACUGCACCCGGUUGAGAUCGGAAGCCAACGCACUAUUCAUUCUCAUUCUGGUACAAUUUAAGGAGUUAGUAGAUAUCAUGGAUUCGGAGGAAAGUGUGCGCACUCUUCAGAAUCGGUUACAAUCGGAAAUCGAACGCACGCUCAACGAAACUCAAGAUGACGAGCAGGAGAUUGGUGCGUUGAGAGAGAAGCUGUUCCCUUCGGUGGUCAGUUUAACGACCCAACGUAACCUUACAAUCGAGAAGCGUGAUCAACAAGCGGUUGAUUUGGAGCAGCAGCUUCAAAUGAUCGACCAGCUAGAAACGGAGCAGCAAAAUAUCGAAGAACGGGUACAGCGACUCAUCGAAGCGCGAGGAGACAUUCAGCGACAGCUGGCAGAUUGGCAGGGGAUCCUUCACGAUGGCGUGCGUGACAUAGUACGGUUGGAGAGGCUGAUCGCGGUACUCGAACGAGAAUUGGCCGCCCGCAAAGAACAGUUCGAUCAGAAUGCGCUCGAAAUGCAACAGAAGCGUAUUGAAAUUCUUGGUGACGAUGCUCUCGAUACGAGCGAACGUUCCGAACGACUUCAGGCAUGGGAUGUUGAGCUGAUGGAACGUAAAAACUCUCACACCAGUAACAUGGACCUGUUGGAAGCCCGCUGUGAUAAGCUGAAACAACUCAGUAAAAACCUGGUGGGAAAUGCAGACACCUUCGAACAGGAGCUAGCUACGGACUUUCAGACCACGAUGGCACAACUGGAACGGGAGAAAACAUUGGCCAAAACAGCGUCAGAGCAGAGUAUCGCCGAAGCAAAGCUACAUAAUCUGCAACAAGAGUACGAGGACAACUUGCAGCUGGUGAGCCGUGCCAGAACAAGGUUGAGUUAUCUGACGGAUGAAAAUGGACGGUACCACCUGGACGGUAACGGUGCUCGAAUCUACGAGCAACUCUCGGGAGCUUCUUCAUACUGUCUAAGCGGGGAUGGUCAUUGGCCAAAAGUUGGUGCUUCUGUAUCGAUCACCGAUCAAGGAUCUUCCAUUAGCUGUCCAACAUCCGUAGGAGAACUGAUGUCCGGAGAGUCGUCAGCUGAAUCGUUUCGGGUUCUCACUCCCGCAACCCAAGCCACAGAACCACGAGUGGGCCACGAUAACAAUGCGCAUAGUAGCGAUACCUCCAUCGAUUCGGAGGCGGUGCUCGAAUCGGAAUCGGAAAUCAUCCGUCAACGAGUGGCACCGGACGUUGCUUAUGUUCAGCAGGUGGUUGGUCCUGCGGUCGUGAAGGGUAUGGCAGCUGUUGCUCUACAUCGGCCGACCGAUCCUGUGAACUAUUUGGCGGAUUAUUUGAAACAUUUCCAUGGUAACCAAAUCGAUGCCGAGACACGAAAGAAGCUUAUGGAAAACGUUCGAUCGGAAGGCUAG